AUGAAAAUAAACGGAAGAAAUAGUCAUGGCUAUCAUCCUCUUUUUAGUGUUAAGAGGGAUAAUUUCACGAGUGAUCGGGUCUAUACACCUGUUGGUCGCCCCAAGACAGGUCAAGUACCCUCGAAGAAAUCGAUUCUAAAGAAGAGCUCUAUGACUGCCAUUGGAUCUUAUACACAAAAUUAACUUUAAAAAGAAUGCUUCUUUUGCUAGUGAUAAGUCAUAUAACAUCGAGAAUUCACAAGCUGUUCAAAUCAGUCAGUCAAUUCCUCAAAACAGAAAACCUCUGUCUCAACAAAGGACUAGGCGCAGUGUUGAUAAUUUCGAUAGUAAUCUCGAAAACAGGAUAGUUUCUUGCUAUUUUCAUCGGAAAAAUAGGACCAAAAGUAAGCACAAAAAGCAGAUCAGCUUCAGAAGGGAUUAUGAAGACUCCUACUGCUAUUCAGGCUUUGUCAACAAGAGGUAUAAAGGAAAAGUAGUCCUCAAGCCUAAGCUUAAUACUGGACGGAAUACUGUCAUUCUUCGAGAAAAAGCUCAAAAUUCCAUGGUGACUUUACACAUGGAUGGGAAAAUAGCCCUGAAUAAGCAUAAGUACGGUCCUAGAAGUAAGAACAUUAUAAAGCUAGGUCAGCUCCAUAAAAAUCAGAACUUGGGUGAAAAAGAUCUUGCCAAGAUAAUUUCUGAAAUGAGACAGAAAAUAUAAAAACUAAUGAAGAAAUUAUCAGGCUCAAGCAGCUAAAAUUAGACCCAGAGAUUCUUGAACAAAUCAGGGCUUAUGGAUACAAGAAUGAGGAUAUUGAUAGAGAUCUAAGGAGUCUCAACACCCCUGUGUGAAACCUGUAUAAACUCCUUGAAGUUGAGAAGAGAAGAAGUAUUGAAGCAGAGCUAGAAAGAUCUGAAGGAGAUUUCGCAAAAUCAGUAGAUAGACGAGAGCCAAAACCUUCAGAAAGAGAGGUCUCUGAAGAGCCAACCCCAGGCCCUCAGUCAACACUUGAUAGAAUGACACAAGUAUUUUAUAAAUUCAAAAAUGAUCCUGACUACAAACCAAGAUCUAGGAAGAUCAGGUAUCACAACAAGAAAACUCAGCCAAGGCUUUCAUUGCACAAGUCAGUAUCUGAGUUGCCUCAAAAGAGAUUUUAAAAAUUUCUC